AUGGAGAGUCGAGCCUGCGUUCGAUUCAGCCGUUGCUGGUUGCUUUGCUGUCUGGCUCUCCAGAUUCGGGCCAAUGAGUUGGCCUGUGCCAACCAGGCGAAUGCCUCCUGUGACAGUGUCAUGCUGAUACAAGAAACUAGAUCCUCGCGGUUGGGCAAGCCACACAGUGAUGCAGGCAAGUUGAGGACAGAGGAGUGCGAAGGCUUCAAGUGCCAGCGGGGUGUGAAACUGCAACCCCCCAAGAGAGGCAAGGACGGCAAGCACACCGUGAACGAGAAGGAGAGCGAGUAUCAGUUCCAAAUCAAUGAGGAUGGCAAAUGGAACACAUAUUACUUGCCUGGGGCCACGAUCUACAACAAGCGCACCGUGAACUAUGGCAUCAACGACAAGUACUACUUGAUGGCCUCGGAUACUACAGACUAUAGCAAUGCUGCCAACUUCCACAAGGUGAUCUUGGCGGGCAAAACGAUGAUUGCCACCAUCAAUCUGAACGGUGCGGGAUGCGGAUGCAACGUGAAUUUCUUUCUGGUGAAUAUGCCAGCGAGUUCGCCUGGACAAUAUGGCGACUACUACUGCGAUGCCAACUGCGUGGGUGGCAAUUGCUGUGCGGAGUUUGAUAUCAACGAAAUGAACACACACGCUUUGCAAGUCACAAAUCAUAACUGUGGCAAGCCGCCGGAGUCCUGGAACUGCGAUGGCAAUGGCGAUCCUUUGAUCAAGUUUCUUCCUGGAGAAUAUGGGCCGGGCUCUUCCAAUACCAUCAACACCGACAACCCCUUCAACUUCGCCCUGCAGGCACUAGAAGUGAUUAAAGGCAGCGACUCCGAGAACUACCUCCAGGUUUUUGCCAGGCUCUGGCAAGAUGGCAAGACCGUGAUGAAGAGCAUGGGCGGUAAGGGCAGCCCCCUGAAUUCACAAUGGGGAAACCUUGCCGCUGGCAUGGUCUUGGUCAUUGAUUACUGGGAGAGUGGUGACCUCACCUGGUUGGAUGGAGCUAGCUGCACUGCACCAGAGACUUGCAGUGGGGCCCACGCAGAUGUGUCAGAUAUGAAGCUGAUUACCAAUGCUUUGGAAACGCCUGCGAAUUGCCCAGACUCAACAGCUACUGGAUGCUCCUGUGACAACGUCAACUACAACGAGGACGAUGGCACAGAAUGCUGGUGCGUUUGCACCUGUUCAAAGACCAGUCUUGUGCCGCGCUGCACGUGGUCUGGUUACCAUCCCUUUUGGCGGUGA